UCUGGCAUGUAUUACUGUUACUAUCCUUUUGACAUUUGUAUCGAGACAAAUGUUAUCCAGUUUGGGAAAGCCAUCACCCCAGUCAUUUUCCUCAUCGUCGUUCUGUUCAGCUGUGUGGGAAACACAUUGGUUUUGUGGGUCCUUGUGAAGUAUGAAAAUCUGAAAUCCCUCAACAACACGCUUCUGUUAAAUCUGGCUCUCUCUGAUCUCAUUUUCACCUUUGGCCUGCCCUUCUGGGCCCACUACUACAUGUAUGGCUGGACUCUUGGAGAUCCUGCUUGCAAAGCAGUUAACUUUGUGUUCUACACGGGAUAUUACAGCAGCAGCAUCUUCCUGACGGUUCUGACUGUCCACUGCUACAUGGCCACUGAUUUUGCUGGUGAAAUUAAUUGGAUAUUGGCAAGUACAUACUUGCAAAAUUCUUUUUUCGUUAUCGCUUUUGUGAUCAUUGCUUUUUGCUACACUGUGAUCUUGGGACGGCUAAUAUCUCACACUCGUAGAAAGACAGUGCAGCUCAUCCUCUUCAUAGUGGUAUUUUUUUUCUUGGGAUGGGGGCCAUACAACAUGGCCAUAUUUCUGGACUCUCUGAUUUCAUGGAAUAUCUCUCCUUUUAGUGAUUGUGAGCUGAGUAAAUCUAUUUACUAUUGGAAGCACAUCUCUCAGAUGGUGGCUUUCUCCCACUGCUGCCUGAAUCCUGUGUUUUAUGUUUUUAUGGGGACAAAAUUCAGAAACCGCUUGAAGAAAAUCUUACCUAUUUUCUGUAAGAACAACACAGAGGUUCAGAAUCGAUACAGCAUGCUUGAUUUCUCCAACGGUGAAGAAAUAUCUAUGUUUUAG